AUGGCUAACGAUAUUAAAGGUGAUAUAAUGGACGAUAACAAAGAUAAUGAAGUCAAUCCGGCUACUAUGCAAGGGACUCUUUCGGCUGGACAGAAACGUGGUCGUGACGAGCGUGGUGGGCCAGCAACGAAGAAAGCUCAUGUUUCAGAAACAGAGGACAACAUGGUGCAGGUAAAGGUACUAAUCCCUUCGGCAGCUGUUGGUGCUUUGAUCGGCAAAGGUGGAGAAACAAUGCGUAAUUUAAAAAGCGAAUCUGGCUGCCGUUUGCAAAUGAGUAAAAAUCAGGAAGUAUAUCCAGGAACUAAUGAGCGGAUUUGUUUGGUAAAGGGGAAAAUUGCAUCUGUUCUAAAAGUUUCCGAUGUUAUUUUGGAAAAGAUUCGUGAGAAAGUGGACAACAAUACCCCAUCGGAUAUUUUCGAUCAUAAAGGAAUGGAACGCAAAAAUGAGAUGAAACUCGUGGUGCCAAAUACUUCGGCCGGAAUGGUGAUCGGUAAGAGUGGUGCGCGUAUCAAAGAAAUUCGUGAGCAGACUGGGGCAAAUAUCCAGGUUUAUCCUAAAGCUGGCAGCCAGGAAGCUAAAGUUAGCCAAGAACGGAUUAUCACGAUAGCUGCUGAACAGGAUGAAGUUCUCAUGGAUGCCCUCCAGCGUGUCUUGGAAAAGGUAGCAGCAGAUCCGCAACAUGCCAUGGCAACAAUACCUGAUCAUAAAGAUGAUAGUUUUGGUCCGGCUAGUGGCUUGUUGCACGGAAUGGGUGGUGGUGUCCAGGGCCAGACGAUUCAGCCCUUCGAUUUCAGCAAUCGUAGCCAGAAUGCGCCCCAGUUUGGUGGUGCUCCAACAGUGCAGCAAAACCAUUUUGGACAGAUCAGUCAUGGUGCUGCUCAAGUUUGGCAGCCGAAUCAGCAAAGAGCGUUAGAAGCGACAUAUGCAGCACCGGCAAAGGAUUUAUAUCAGCAGAACAAUAUGGCUGGUUUCAAAUUUAACCCUAUGCAAGGCUUAGGGAAUAGUGAGUUGUUGGCAUUCCUGGACAGUUUGCAGUCAACUUUACGCACAUCUGGCUUCAAUGAGACCAGUGUAGCGGAAGUUAUGCAAGCAAUGCAGAUCUUGGCAAAAUAUAACAUCAUGGGUUUGGGCCUUGGACUUGGUGUUGCCGCAAUGGCACAGAUUCGGACAAAUGAAACUCCCUCUUUGACUUCAUCUCAAGGUUUAUCACAGCCGCAGCGAUUCGAGACCACUAAUUUAGCAGGUACGGCUGCUACAGUCGACAACGGUGAUCGUCGAUUUAGUGGUGGAUCAGGAGGUAGUGGUGCAGCGGGAGGAACAACAGGAGCAUCAUCAGGCGGAGGACAAAACGAUUUAAGCAAAUCACUGAGUGGCGUUGGUGGCGUUCUGAUCGACGUAUUAAGCCAGAAUAAACAAAACAGUAGCUCAUCGAGCGGUCAAAAUUUUGCCGCUUCCGUAAUUAAGGAAAAGAUUAUCGACAACAAUCAUAUUGAUCUCGAGAUUCCGGAUACCAUUGUCGGAGCAAUCCUCGGUCCAAGAGCUAAAACACUGGCUGAGAUUCAGCAUUUAAGCGGUUGUAAAGUGGAAGUACAUAAACGUGGUACAGCUGCAGGACAAGGGAAUCGUCUUGUAAGCUUAACCGGAGAUGUGGACUGCAUACGUAACGGACGUAUGAUGAUUGAUAAAGUUAUCAACGAUGAGCAAAUGCGUCGUAAUCAACAGGCACAGAAUAAUGAGCUGCAUUUUAGACAAUCAAUCUGUGUUCGUUAUAAGCAAAACUCUAACCUCAGCUAA